AUGGCAGCGGAAUUUAAAGAACUAUUACCCCAGGAGGGUACCAACACUACUGGUGCUGGAGAAUCCCUCCCUGAGCAUCUUUGUUCAGGCUGCCCUACGUAUUCUGGGGAGGGCAAAAUCCCGCUCGUUUCUCAAACCCGAGGCAACAAGAGCAAAAAGAUCAGCGCAACCCCUUCCACGCACUGCGUGAAUUUCUGCAACAUUAGGGGCUUACACUCGAACAUCAAUGCCGUCCACUACCACCUUGAGACGGCGAAUCCGGCCUUGCUCUUCUUAACCGAAACGCAGAUAUCUUCCCCUUCCGACACAUCUUAUCUGAAUUACCCAGGAUUUACCCUGGAGCACAAUUUUAUUCCUCGCGCUGGUGUCUGCGCUUUUAUCCGGAAUGAUAUCUGCUUUCGACGCCUCGCUUGUCUUGAAGGUAGGGAUCUAUCCAUCCUUUGGUUACGUGUGGACUGCGACGACCACCCUCGCGUCUAUGCGUGCCUAUACAGAUCCCAUAGCGGUAAUGACGAAACCGACCGACUCAUCGAUCACAUACAAUUGACGGCUGACAAUAUGCUCAAUCAGAUUCCUUCAGCGGAAAUCGUGGUCCUUGGUGACUUCAAUGCGCACCAUAUAGAAUGGCUCAAGUCGCGCACAACAGACCACGCGGGGAAAUCUGUUUACGACCUUGCCCUUGCCUAUGGUCUUACUCAACUGGUAGCAUCGCCCACGCGAAUUCCCGAUGUUGAGGACCAUACGCCUUCCCUGUUGGACCUUCUGCUGACUUCCCAUCCGGAUGGCUAUCAGGUCAAUGUUGAUGCCCCUUUAGGCUCGUCUGACCACUGCCUCGUACGGAGCGAAGUGCCAAUCUUGCGCUUUACACGGCUACUGAGUGGUGGCCGCCGUCGCGUUUGGCACUACAAGUCAGCAGACUGGGAUGAGAUGCGCACCUUCUUUUCAUCUUAUCCCUGGGGCCGUGUUUGUUUCUCGGCAGAAGAUCCUAGCACCUGUGCUGACUCUGUUGCUGAUGUGAUACUUCAGGGAAUGGAAUUGUUCAUUCCAAACUCCGUUGUUCCCAUCGGUGGCAAGUCCCAGCCCUGGUUUGGUCACUCUUGUAAAACGGCAUCACGCCGAAAACGGGAUUGUUACCAAGCCUGGGCCAAUGCCCUUGUGUCUAGUGAUCCAGACGCCCGUACUCUUAAGAGAGAACUAAACUCGGCCUCUAGGUCUUUCAAAAGAGCUAUUGCAAGAGCUAAGUCUGAGCAUAUCGCAAAGCUUGGCGAGAAACUCGCCCGACUUCCUUCGGGAACACGAGCCUUUUGGGCACUCGCCAAAGCUGUGCAAGGAAACUUUUGUCGUCCUUCAUUGCCAUCUCUACGCAUGGAGAAUGACCUGUUGGCCCACACGGCAAAAGAGAAAGCUGACCUACUUAGCUCCCUUUUUGCCGCUAACUCGACUUUGGAUGACAUGGGGAAAGCACCUCCUACCAUCCCACGACAUCCAUAA